CUUACUUUCCUAAUGGCUAGCUGCGAAUCACCACAGACCAGCCAGUUUAACGCAGUUUGCAUGAGAAUGUAUAGUUAGAUCGGACUGGAAGACUGAAAACUCAUAAACACACUCAGCAUUGGGUGUUUUUGUCGUUUUAUCUAGCCAUGUAGGUAGGACACGACGCGUCAAGGAGACACGUUAACAAACAUUGUGUGUUGCGUGCUGUGGACUGCCACUUUCAACCAAAACAAUGUUGACAAACGACCCGUGGACACAUAUCAACAAACAGUCAUUUCGAGGAUGGAUAAAGGUGGAGUGAAGAAGAUAACAUUUAGAAGAGAUGACCUUUUAAGCAAAUUGGUCUACACUGAAAGCCCUGAGGAGGGAGGUCUGUUGAAAGUGGCUCCUCACAGUGCCAUGUCCAUCACCUCUGCCACUUCUGUCGUUCUUCCAUCCAGCCCAUUGAUGCAGCCAGGACAGGUUCCUAACGGCCUCAGCAACAGCCCCCUUCCAGAGGAGCUCACCUCUGCCUCUUUCACUGCCACCGUAGGCCCCUUUUUGGAAGACCCAGAGCCCAGGGGCCUGACCAAAGAUCACAGGCCUCAGCAGCAGCAGUUACUCCAAACACAGACAUCCAUUACGUUUGGGCGUCAAACUUUGGGGGACACUUUGCCCCAGUUGGAGGCCAGCAUAGCAGACAUUACCCAGUCCUCCAUGGAUUCACUUAUUGGAGGAUCAGAUCCCAAUUUCUUCCCCAUGAAAACAGAGGAUUUCUCCAUGGAUAAAGGAGACCAGGAUCCCAUUGACCUUGAUCAUGCCUUUGAUCACAUUGGGAAAGAUGUGGACGUGCACCAGAAGUUGUUCAGUGACAACACUCUGGACCUGCUCCAAGACUUUGAGCUCACUGGGUCUCCCUCAGAUUUUUACGGAGGGGAUGAUGCCUUUCUGUCCACUCUGGCAGAUGAUUCUUUGCUUGGGGACGUUGGCUCAGAGAGGGACAUAAAGUCUACCUUGGUUGAGAGCAGUAACAGCAGUGGGGCAGUCUCUGUUGCUCUCAAUGGUAGCAUUAUGACAAGUCCAGAUCAGUCCUGCUCCAGCAUGUCCACAACAUCCCCGCAAACCCCUACAACCACUUUGUCUGCAUUGGUGAAGAAAGAAAAAGAUGCUGGCUUCAUUCAGCUCUGCACCUCAGGUGUGAUCAAACAGGAGAAGACGUCUGCAGGCCAGAGUUAUUGCCAAAUUAGUGGCACGUCCUCCACAGUCAUACCAAGCUCUAACCCCAUUUCCAUAUGUGGGGUCAGCACCUCUGGAGGACAGCGGUACCACUUUGGAGUCAGCCCCAGUAGCAGUGAAGCUCAACAGCUUAAGGAUCAGAAGCCAGUGUAUCUCCCAGUGACCACCAUUAGUGGAGCCUGGAACAGAGGCCAAGGUUUGGCGGACACCUCAGCGAUGCAGAGGCCCAGUGAGGCUUUCUCAAGCUCUCCAUCAUACCCAACCAGACCAGAAGGAGUCCCAGCUACAUCCUCACCACAGGGAAAGGGCGGGACUCAUAAAAUCUGCCUGGUGUGCUCUGAUGAGGCUUCAGGCUGUCACUAUGGCGUUCUUACCUGUGGCAGCUGCAAGGUCUUCUUCAAGAGAGCAGUGGAAGGGCAGCAUAAUUACCUGUGUGCUGGGAGGAACGACUGCAUAAUAGACAAGAUCAGGAGGAAGAACUGCCCUGCCUGCCGCUACCGCAAGUGUCUAAUGGCAGGCAUGAACCUGGAAGCACGCAAAACCAAGAAGUUGAACCGCUUAAAGGGCAACCAGCUGAGCAACCCGCCCGAGGUGUCUCCUCCACCAGUUGAGUCUUACUCCCUGGUACUCCCUGGUAAGUACCAGCCUCAACUAGUGCCCACAAUGCUGUCCCUGCUGAAGGCCAUCGAGCCAGACACCAUCUACGCUGGCUAUGACAGCACCCUGCCCGACACCUCCACCCGCCUCAUGACCACCCUGAACAGGCUGGGCGGCCGACAGGUCAUCUCUGCUGUCAAGUGGGCCAAGGCCCUGCCAGGUUUCAGGAACCUUCACCUGGAUGACCAGAUGACCCUGCUGCAGUGCUCCUGGCUCUUCCUCAUGUCUUUCGGUCUGGGCUGGAGGUCGUACCAACAGUGCAACGGCAACAUGCUCUGCUUCGCACCCGACCUCGUCAUCAAUGAAGAGCGAAUGAAACUGCCCUACAUGGCCGACCAGUGUGAGCAGAUGCUGAAGAUUUCCAGCGAGUUUGUCCGGCUGCAGGUUUCCCAUGACGAGUAUUUGUGCAUGAAGGUCCUGCUGCUGCUCAGCACAGUGCCAAAGGACGGCCUGAAGAGCCAGGCGGUGUUCGAUGAAAUUCGGAUGUCGUACAUCAAGGAGCUGGGAAAAGCCAUCGUGAAGCGUGAAGAGAACUCCAGCCAGAACUGGCAGCGUUUCUAUCAGCUCACCAAGCUGCUCGACUCCAUGCAUGAGAUGGUUGGUGGACUGCUCAGCUUCUGCUUCUACACCUUUGUGAAUAAAUCCCUGAGUGUGGAGUUCCCAGAGAUGCUGGCGGAGAUCAUCAGCAACCAGUUACCAAAAGUCAAGGCCGGCAGCGUCAAACCUCUCCUCUUCCACCAGAGAUGACUGUGCCCCUUAACAGACACAUUGCCUUAAAAAUCCCACCACAUCACCUCACCACCCACCUCCCCAACCCCCCUGGAGAGUGACGAUGAAAGGAUCUGAGGCGAGGAGUGAAUGAUGUUUUUUGGGAGCGAGUAUGCAACUUUGUGCGGUGUCUCCCUCCAGGUCUAGAGGGAGAGAGCCGAGAGAGACGGGACAUGUUUGUGUAGAAACCAGACAGCGAGCACAGACGUUUAGUUUUGUUGAGCAGUCUAAGAUGUAGUGUGUAACAACAAGUAGGAAAUAUUUGUAAGAUAAAAGAUAAUCACAAAGAGAAAUAGGCUAACAUCCAUGUCGUCUCAGGUUUCUUACCUUCAAAUACAGAACGAUAUCUAAAAUAGAUAAGACAAAUAUCUAUGUACAGGUUCUGAUAGUAUUUUCUACAUUUUCAAAUUGUAACAGUUUAUACAGUUUUCCAGGUUGUUGUUACCUGGGAAGGUAACGAAGCUUAAUUAAUAACAUGCUCUUGAGUAGGCUUUUAGACUGUAUGUUCCUCUUUUAGUUUUUACAGGAGGUUGAUACAAAAUGUUUAUCAGUCAUAUGGGAAAAAAUCUGUUCUCCAAUCAUUUAAAAGUAUAUUUCUGGUUUGCUUUGAUUGAUACUUUGGACAUAUGAAACAAUUCUUUUGGCUUGUUACGCGACCAUUCAAAGGAUGAUUUCUCCCACAAGCCGACCUCUUCCAGGUUUACACACGUCUAUUAUAAAAGGGAAAAAAUAUGUGCCUUUUUUGCUUCAAAUAUCAUCUGCCAUUUUCUUCCUACCUGUCUAAGGCGUUCUUCUCUUUAACCCAUCAUGGUCUUCCUUCAUCGUAUGUUGAUUGUACAUUUUAUAUUACAUGCAGUUGCAAGUUUUCCUUUUUUCCAGUGGCUGUGUUCAUCUUUAGAAGUGGCAGCUCGGUCCAUCCUCCGUGUGUAGAAAUGAUCCUCAAUGUUCAGAAAGAAUAUUCAAAGCCUGCUUCCUUUGACGUGAUCUCCCACACAUUUAACUCCACAUUUAAGUGCGAUUCAAGCACUUUUUUACCUUGCUUAAAGGCUUUAAAAGACUGUGAAGAAAGACUGUUAUGCUGUACUAGUCUUUACCAUAUGACUGUAGAUAAAAUUUGGAACUUUUUUUUUUUUAAUAGGAAAUAGCCCACUUUGAUGUUUAUUUUAGCCCCCGCUCCAGCUCCAGUAGUGGAAUAAUGGAAUGUGAUAGAUUUGUGCGUCUACCAAUCAGAAAUGAGAGGGCAUAUUUUAUUGUGUUUGCGAGGUUUUGUCAUUUUUAAUUCUUCAGGAAAACUCCUUUUCUGUGGUUUUGCCAUGGCUCAGACUGGUUAGAAAAUAACCGUCCUUCAUUUUUUAACAUUUUUUCUACAGUCUUUUUUGGAAAACUGACAAAGAUGCAGUCAUGAUUCUGCCACUGAAGAUCCUUCUUCGACAGUAUAUCCAUGCUCUCAAUAACCACCUGCUUCGGGAAAUAUGUUAUUGAAAGUUAAUGCGUUGUUUUCUUUGCGUUGCUCUUAUUUGUCAAAGGAAUAGUUUUAACAGUUUGGGAAAUAUGUGUACUUGCUUUCAUGCCGAGAGUUGAGAAGAUCAAUACCAGCGUCCUGUCUGUACAGUAAAUGUGACGCUGAAGUCAGCAUUCAGUUAGCUUAGCUUAGCAUAAAGACUGGAAACAGGGAAACGGCUCGUCCAACUGUCCACUCUCCACCAGCACCUCUAAACCUCAGUAAUUAUCACGUGAAUGUAAACAUAACAAGUUACCACUUAUGAUGGACGAUUUCUUGGCUGGGACCUAGUAAUUUGCUGGACUCUUCACUUUAUUCUUCAGUUUUUGUAUAAAUCAAACAAACGAGAUAUAACAUAUAUUAAUGAUUUUGUUUUCAGGCUACCUCUUCCCAGUCUUUAUGCUAAGCUAAGCUAAUUGUCUCCUGGAUGGAGUUUCAAAUUUUGCGUAUAGACAUGAGAGUGGUAUCAAUCUUCUCAUUUAACUCUGUAAGAGAAAAAAAAUGAAUACGCGUAUUUUCCCAAAAUACUGAACUAUUCCUUCAAAAUGAACAGUUUGUAUGACGGUGUGUUUAAACAGCACUUUGGAUCAGUUGUUGGCAGAUUCAUUACCCUGUUAACCUCUUACAGCUGCUGAUAACCUUCAACCUCUCCGACUUAACCCCCUUGCUUCGUUAACGCCCUGCCAGGCACCUUGUCUUCAUGUCUCUUUGUCUUUUAGUACUUCUGCAUGUUAACGUGUUGUCUGUUAGUUAGUCAAACCCCAAUGUUUGAAAGCACUUAGCAUCAGUCACCUCGUAGAGUCAUGCCACAGUGAAAGUGUAGUGUCACUGACUGGGGAGGCAGGCAAAAUGGAUCCUUUAUUCUCUGGGAACUAUUUCAGUGCCAAACUCCUGUUUUGUCUGUUUUCAGUGAUGCGAAAGGUUCAGUGUUUGCAUCAGAAUAAGAAACAAGUCCCAGCAUUGAAGCUUGUAAAUUUGUCUGAUCAAUAGAGAAUGGAUCGAGGACAUUAUUAAUGAGCGAUAGAUUACUCUUUUUCUUUUUUCUUUUUUGUAACACAAGGCACUCACAGAUGUGUUGUGUAGUCACACAGAAUAAUGUAGGUCUGUCAGUAUCCCUAUUUUUAUGUGUGGUGUAAGUAAGUGGGAAUUUGAAAUGUGUUGCAACGUUUUCAUCAGUCAACUUUGUCUGCUUAGUUUGUCAUCAGUGUGUUUCAUAACCCUGACAUGCUGUUUGUGUUUAAAGCACAAAUUAAUCCAGGUUUUGACAUGAAUGUGAACCUUAAAGAGGAAAAUUUAGUUUAAAAGAAAUGUUAUCGACAUAUUAAAGAAAAUGCUGUGUCAGUUAGAAAUAAUUGGUUAAAUAUGUCAAGUGUGCGACUACAGAGGGCUCACUGUUGCAUCCCAAGUUGAAAAAUGUCAACAUGUUCUCUUGCUAAACUAUCCUAACAACAACUAUAAAAGCAGUCAUAUAUUUUAAGCCACUUCCACGCUCAGGUUGUUGAAACUUUAUGUCUGAUUUACACAGUAUGUGGUUGUCCGUGUUUAGUCAUUAAUGUGCGGAUAUUAAGAACCAAAAACAUUCAGUUUGGAUUCCCAAAAUGUGUCUGCUUCUGUGAUUUUAUUUAUGAUGUAUUUUUGUCAGGAAAAAAAAAAAGGUUUACUUGACAUAUUAGGAAAGUUUCACGAAUGUGCUGCCACCGUUGACAUUUAUACCCAGGCUCAGAAACAGGACGCUUGUUGUUUUUCUUUUUAAGGUUUAUUCAGAAAAACUAUCUUCAUUAAACUGCAUAGGGGUUACUCAUGGGUUACUUUCACAUUCAGUGUAUCGAAAUCUCUUCUGCUGCUGCUGCUGCUGCUGCUUGUCAUUUAAACAGGUAUAUAUAUAUAAAAUCACACACUUGCCUCUUCUUGCUCAAAAAUGUAUCGUUGCUUACCUUGUACAUUUUUGAGAAGGACAACUGAAUAUGCAAUAGAAAUAACAGAUAAUCUAUCACUAUCACAUAACAAGAUGUGGUUGCUAACUUUUUUCUUCUAUUUUUUUUCCGAUAUAAGCUAUUUGCAUACAGGAGAUUCACAUUUAACUUCAGGAAUAGAUACACUUCAGUCAGUAAUCAGUCCACUCAGACUGCACAAAAAAGCCUAUUUGAUGUUUAACUACAAGGUGACCAAAGCAAGUACAGAUAAAUUCAACAUGUCAGUGUAAACUUAAGUAGCUCAUAGAAGACAAAUGUACAGUUAUUUGUUUUCUUUUUCUUUUUUUUUUUCUUUUUUUUAUAAACACAUUUUUUUUUACUCUAACGUGAUGGCUUUGGUCAAAUUGUGUAAUACUGUGAAUAGGAUAGGAGUCAGUCUUUUUCACACACAAACUGUUUGUGAAAGUAAUCAACCAGCUUGAAUCUAAAAAGAUUUGCACUACCCAAAUAUUGUUUGAAAAUCUAUUUUGUAUAAAAUAUAUGCAGACAUUAACUUUUGAGAAUUAUCAAGGGCAGAUCAUGUUUCACUGGUAUAUGCUUUCUCUAAAAAGCUUUGUUUUGCUUAAAAAAACUGAAUAUGUACAUAUAAUCCAUUGUAAAGAAAACGUGGUGUGUUUGUCUCCAGAUAAUAGUUUUUCUAUACAAACCCUCUGUAUUAUUUCUCCUCUGUAGUGUGAGUCCUGUUGAACUUUUCCUCCAUUGAUUAAAGGUUGUACUGUA